AAUUGUUCUGUAGGACCAGUGAGUGAAAGUUGUGUUCUGUGCUUUCGAAAAAAAACAUUUUCGAAGAUGGCUCUGGAAGUGGAAAUGGUUUAUUUAUACCCGAAAGAAAAUGCCAAGCUUCACAAAACCGACAGAUAUGAAUUGGUUCAAGACGAAGAGGCUCCCACUUCAGUUCUCCGCAGAGGCCAAAAGUUCACUGUAGCUUUGAGAUUUUUGAACAGACCGUACGACUCAAACAUGGAUGCCGUCCGUUUGAUCUUCAAUUAUGGUCCGAAUCCGAAUACAAUCAAGGGCACUAGAGGAGUAGUGCAGGUUGAUCCUACCAAAAAAUCAUUCAUGGAUGACGAACAAAAAUUUUGGUUUGGAAAUGUUUUACAGGAAACAUCGGAUACUCUCACUAUGGAGAUAUUUGCCCCACCCAGUAUUCCAGUGGGAAUUUGGGGACUCCAAGUAGAAACCAGCUUCCGUAAUCCAUCUCAAGAAGUGGCAAUAUUCGAAUAUGACAACGAUAUUUUCUUCAUUUGUAACCCAUGGAACUGUCAUGAUUUGGUAUAUAUGCCGGAGGAAAGGCUUCUGGAAGAAUACGUUCUGACAGAUGUCGGGAAGAUUUGGGUGGGUCCAUUAGGCACCAGCAAAGGCAGAGAAUGGGUAUUCGGGCAAUUUGAUGAUUGCGUCUUGCCAGCCAUUGUGAUGAUGUUUGAAAAAUCCGGACUGACUCAUGCUAGUCGCGGUGAUCCGAUCAAACUGACCAGAACCAUUUCGAAGAUGGUGAACAGCAAUGAUGACGAUGGAAUUCUGGUAGGAAGAUGGGACGGGGAUUACGAAGAUGGUACCGCUCCAUCCGCCUGGACAGGAUCUGUGCCGAUUCUCCGGGAAUAUCUAGAGACCCAGAGUCCCGUACCGUACGGGCAGUGCUGGGUGUUUUCAGGAGUGGUAACAACAAUUUGCAGAGCUCUUGGCAUCCCAUCAAGAGUUGUCUCGAACCUAGUUUCUGCCCACGAUGCAAAUUCGACUCUCACCGUCGACAAAUACUUUACUGAAGAAAAUGAAGAGAUGCCGUUCGAUCCCAACAACCCGAUGGGAGAAGAUUCCAUUUGGAACUAUCACGUUUGGAACGACGUCUACAUGGCGAGACCAGAUUUACCAACAGGUUAUGGUGGUUGGCAAGCCAUAGACGCGACUCCCCAGGAAACUUCUGACGGGUUCUACCAGUGCGGCCCGGCGUCUUUGGAGGCGAUCAAAAAGGGGAUGGUCGGCUUCAACUACGAUGUCGGAUUUAUGAUUGCUUCGGUUAACGCUGACCUGAUGCGUUGGAAAGUCGACAAAUCCAAUGUUCUGGGAUAUUCAAGGAUCUACUGCAACAAAUAUCAUAUUGGACGGUUCAUUCUCACCAAGCAACCGUUCAUGUACGAUUACAAUGGCGACAAAGAUAAACAAGAUAUCACCACUUACUACAAACCAAAAGAAGGCACUAAGGCUGAAAGGCUAUCUUUACUUAAUGCCGUUAGGUGCACAGAAUCUGCCAAACGAUUCUAUGAACUACCUAAUUCGGAAAUGGAAGAUGUAGAAUUCGAUUUAUUGGACCUGGAUAAAAUCAAAAUUGGAGAAAACUUCAGCAUCGUGGUGAAAAUAAAGAAUAACAGUGACAAAAACCGUCACAUCAAAUGUGUCCUAUCAGCUGGUAGUGUAUAUUAUACUGGAGUGAAGGCAAAACCCAUCACCAAACAAGAAGGCGAAUUCCAUAUGAAACCAAAAUCAAAUGAAGAAUUGAAGCUGGUUGUUAAAGCCGACGAAUACUUGGACAAACUGGUGGAAUACUGUAUCAUGAAAAUCAACGCGAUCGCAACUGUCACAGAAACAAAUCAGACUUGGGCCGAUGAAGAUGAUUUUCAAGUGAUCAAACCAAAUAUUGAUAUAAGACUACCACCUCAGAUCCUGAACGGAAGAUCCAACAUGCUCACCCUCAGGUUCGUCAACCCUCUGAAGAGAGUUCUGACGAACUGCAAAUUCCACGUCUCUGGUCCGGGUCUGUUGAGGAAUCAGAUAAUCCCGCAUUCUGACGUCAAACCGGGAGCAGUGGUCAAGGUGAAUGUCAGCAUCGUUCCCAAGUUCCAGGGCGAGCAGAAGCUGGUAGCGACGUUCUCUUCCAAGGAGCUGCUGGAUAUCACCGGAACGGCCAAAGUUGAUGUCAUCGGCGGAGAAGAAUAAAUAAGAGCGAUGGAUAUAAAAUGGAUCUCCACAAUUUUUUUUUUAGAUUUUUUCUAUUUAGCAUUUAGGUUUGUGUUUAAGUUCAUCAAGUUAUACCUUUAUAUACUAUAAUAAAUAAGUAUUUUUAUAUAG